AUGGGAAAUGAACAUCUUGGGGGUGCGGAUAAUUAUGAAAGUGAAAUUUUCACGGCUUCUUCUGCUACGGAUCCAGUUAACAACGGAAAUUCACAGAAUGAAUUCCACAAACUUGUUAAUAAUAUGAAUCCUCAAUAUAAAGUAGAGGGAUGCAAUGAUGAAGGCAUUGAUGCAUAUUUAUACAAAGAUCCAGAAAAUUUUAAAAAAAAUUUGGAAGAUCUUUUUAAUAAAAUAUUAAAAAUCAAAAUAAAAGUUGCAAGUAUAGCUAUGGAAGAGCAAGAAUUUCAUGAUCAACGAACUAUAAGAGCAAAUGAAGACAUUCGUGAUAAGAAAUUAGCCGAAGAUGCACAAAAACUAGAAGACUUUGAAAAAAAUUGGGAAAUAGAGAACUUUACUGUUAAAAUAGCAAAUGAAACUUGCAAAACUUAUAAAUUGGAGAAAUUUUCUGAUAAAAUAGCAAAUGAAACUUACGAGACUUAUAGUGAAUCAUUCUGCUUAAUAGUGAAUGGGAUUAAAUUAAAAAUUGCAACUAUAACUAUAAAAGUGAAAACAUUUAAGGAUCAAGUUAAUAAAUCUGUAUCUAAAAUAAUAUUGUUACUUCCAAAAUCAGACCUUACAAAGUUCUUUAUUGAGCUGACUAAACCAAUGUGGUGCAAUUUUAAUGACAAGAUUAAGAAUUUGCCAAAAG